GUUGCACCAAUGAUGUAACUUUCCUGAUAGGUCAGUAGAUGAGUGGCGAGUUUUUACGAUCGGAGUCUCGUUACGUUUAAAAAUUCCAAUUACAUAGCCUGAUUCAUUCAUUCCCUUUCAGUUUACAUGAUGAUACGAACACUGUUUCGCACCGGCGGGUCUCUUCUCCAGCAAAGUCGACAAACAGUGCCAAGGUUGUGUGUGUCCCCAGUUCAGCAACGAUGGGCGUCCAGUCUGCCGAUGAACACGGUGGUUCUGUUUGUGCCCCAGCAGGAAGCAUGGGUGGUGGAGAGAAUGGGUCGUUUCCAUCGCAUCCUCGAACCGGGGUUAAAUUUCCUCAUACCUAUACUUGACCGAAUCCGCUAUGUGCAAAGCCUCAAAGAGAUUGUCAUUGAUGUCCCCGAGCAAUCUGCAGUAUCUUUAGAUAAUGUAACGCUACAGAUUGAUGGAGUUCUGUAUUUAAGGAUCCUGGACCCUUUCAAAGCUAGUUAUGGUGUUGAGGAUCCUGAAUAUGCCGUCACGCAGCUGGCACAGACCACCAUGCGUUCAGAAUUGGGAAAACUCACACUGGACAAAGUGUUCAGGGAAAGAGAGUCCCUUAACUCCAACAUUGUUCACUCCAUCAACCAAGCCUCAGACGAGUGGGGAAUCCGUUGCUUGCGGUAUGAAAUUAAAGAUAUUCACGUUCCACCUCGUGUGAAGGAAUCGAUGCAAAUGCAGGUGGAGGCUGAACGCAAGAAGAGAGCCACAGUGCUGGAGUCCGAGGGAAUGAGGGAAUCGGCCAUUAAUGUUGCAGAAGGACAAAAACAAGCUCAAAUUCUUGCAUCGGAGGGUGAAAAGGCGGAACAGAUCAACCAAGCGGCCGGUGAAGCCCAAGCAGUCUUAGCCAAAGCUGAAGCCAAAGCCAAGGCUAUCCGUCUUCUAUCCGAUGCCCUCGCUGAGCAGAACGGAAAUGCGGCAGCCUCACUCAGCGUGGCCGAGCAGUACGUGUUGGCAUUUUCCAAGCUCGCCAAAGAGUCCAACACUGUCCUUCUCCCGUCAAAUGCAGGGGACAUUAGCAGCAUGGUUACGCAGGCCAUGGCUGUUUAUGGUACAUUAGCAAAGGCAACGCCAAAGAUCCCACCAGCAGAAGUGGAGGAGAGUGAAGAUGUUUUGAAUCAGCCGGAAUCGAAAUAGCACAGGACACAAUCAAUGAACUCACAAAGCAGUUGGAUGUGUAAAACUUGGAGUUGCACGAGUGGAAUUUUCACCGACUGUCACAUCAGCAAUUGUUUUGAUGACAGUGACUUUUGGAUGCGUGUCAUGUUUAUGAUUUACCUUUCUUUUCUGGAAGUUACGAGCUCCGAUAUUAAUUUGCAAGCUAUUUUGGUUUAUCAAUGCUGAAAAUUUGAUUUUGUUCACUCAGUUAAAAUUGGUUAAAAAUGUUUUUUUAUUGGAAAAACUUUCCCUUUGUUCUGUGGUUAGUAAAUAAACACUGUGCCCAACCUUCA